CGGCAUUCUGUAUCUACACCCGAUCCGUGAAGCAUCAUUAAAACCCACACCAGCGAAAAAAUUUCUCCCUCUUUUCCCCUCAAUUUUUGGUGGGCCCUGAAUCACAUGCGAGAUUUUGGGUCCGGCCGAUCUCCGAUCGGGUGAGUCAUCCUGUUGAAUCCCAAGAUCGAAGCUGGAUUCCUACUCCGCCGGGCGUCCGGAGGAUGAAUCCGCUCUGCUGCAUUGCUCCGGUGACGUCCGAGACCGAUCGAGCUGUGGUGAAGCCGCACGCGCCGGGCCAGGAGCUUGGUUCCGAAAGUGGCUACUUAGAUUCGACUGAGGUUAAUGGCGGUAAGAAUGGGAUCUUCCGGCCGUUGAGUUUUAACUCGAGAAGCAGCUUCUCGACCAACAGCCGCGGUGGAGGAGGAGGCGGAGGAGGGCUUGAUUCAGUCCCCGAUGCUUGCGGGGAAAGUGAUGAGGCGAGGAGCGUGGCCGGGAUUCUUUACAAAUGGGUUAAUUACGGGAAGGGAUGGAGGGUUAGAUGGUUCGUGUUGGAGGACGGGGUUUUGUCGUAUUACAAGGUGCACGGGCCGGAUAAAAUCGUGGUCAGCUUGGCGAAGGAGAAAGAGUUUCGGGUGGUCGGUGAAGAAAGCUGGAGGUACAUGAAGAAGGGCAGCAUUGGUAAUUUGAGUGGGAAUGGUUUUGUGGGGAAUGGAUUUGGUUCGGAGAAGCAGUGGAAGCCAUUUGGAGAAGUACAUUUGAAGGUUUCAUCGGUUCGGGCCAGCAAAUCGGACGACAAAAGGCUUUACAUAUUCACCGGAACUAAAACUCUCCACCUUCGUUGCCAGUCGAAGGAGGACAGGGUUUUGUGGAUUGAGGCACUUAUGGUGGCUAAAGAUAAAUUUCCAAGACUGUUGACGAGCAAUGAGCUGGCACUUUCUGAAGAAAUCGUAGUUUCUACGGAGAAACUGAGGUCGAGAUUGACUCAGGAAGGGAUUAGUGAGACAGUAGUCAAAGAUUGUGAAUCUAUAAUGCUAGAUGAGAUUGUAUUGAUACAGGACCAGUUGAAGAAUCUUCAAAUCAAGCACGUCUUGCUGCUCGACACAUUAAGGAGACUCGAGGUUACUGAGAAAAUUGAGCUGGAAACAACUGUAGUUGAUGAGACCAAGGCUCGGGAUUCAUGCUGUACACAGGGGAGAAGGUUCAGUGUUUCGGAUUUCUAUUCGGUCAUGUCGGGGGGAAGUGCUACUGACUCAGAAGCAGAUAACGAAAGUCGAUAUGGAGUCGACGUUGAAACGGAAGAUGAAAGAAUAUUUUUCGACACGAAUGAUUUCUUGUGUGCAGAGUCUCUCAGAAGCAGUUCAUACAGAAGACGAGAUAAUCCAGUAUAUGCUCAUAGCCCCUCAACAACUGAAAGGCGAUCUUCCUUCUCUGGUGUUGGGGUAGAGAUACGAGAACCCAACUUCCCAUAUAUCAAAAGAAGGGAUAAUUUACCGGAACCAAAAGAGAAAGAUAAGCCAGUAGGGCUAUGGUCGAUUAUUAAGGACAAUAUUGGAAAGGACUUGUCGGGUGUUUGUUUACCUGUUUACUUUAAUGAGCCUCUAUCCUCACUGCAAAAAUGCUUUGAAGACUUGGAGUACUCGUAUCUUGUCGAUCGGGCAUUGGAAUGGGGAAAGCAGGAAAACGAUUUGAUGAGAAUUCUAAAUGUAGCAGCUUUUGCUGUAUCCGGUUAUGCAUCAACCGAAGGCCGACAAUGCAAACCCUUUAAUCCUCUCCUAGGGGAAACCUACGAGGCUGAUUAUCCCGAUAAGGGUUUAAGAUUCUUUUCUGAAAAGGUACAUGGGUUCGUUCAAGACAACAAAACUGGCGAGAAGGUAGCGUUUUUACUUGGAAAAUGGGACGAGGCAAUGUAUUAUGUGAUGGGCGAUCCUUCCACGAAAGCCAACGGUUAUGAUCCCAUGACAGAAGCUGUUUUGCUCUGGGAAAGAGAUAAAUCAGUUCCCAAAACGAGGUACAAUCUCACGCCCUUCGCCAUAUCUCUGAAUGAGUUGACUUCUGGUCUACAAAAGAAACUUCCGCCAACCGACUCGAGGCUGAGGCCUGACCAGAGACAUUUGGAGAACGGUGAGUAUGAGCUGGCGAAUGCCGAGAAGCUGAGGCUCGAACAAUUGCAGAGACAGGCAAGGAAGCUGCAAGACAGAGGAUGGCAUCCGAGAUGGUUCCGGAAGGAUGAGGAAGGUUGUUAUCGGUACAUAGGUGGAUAUUGGGAGGCUAGAGAGAAAGAUAGCUGGGAGGAUAUACCCGAUAUAUUCAGACAGCCUUGCGAACUCCCGGUUAGUUUAGCCGAGGGAUGA